UAUAGCUGAGUACUGCUGUACUGCGUAGUCAGCGUCAGUUAUCGUAGUGUACACUUUCGUGUUCAUUCCAAUUUAUUGUAAAUCCAAACGCGUAAAAUUGAUUUUCAUGUAAAAUAGUACAUAUAUUUAGAUAGAAAACAGAAAGCAGGAAAUUAGGAUAAUCGAUAUCAAGGCCGUGAUAGACUUCGAAUUAUCGCUGAAAAGGCAUAUAAAGUUGUACAAGCCUCUUCGGAGUUCUCCGCCCUUUUUAUCGCUCUUCGCAUAUCGAUUGUUUUAGCUGACUAUUACAGAUGCCAUACAUUCUAGUACGUGGCAACUUAGCGUCGUACAGUCAUAAAUAUCCCUGGAGGGUUUUAGUGUCAGGUCUUAAAGCGGCUGACAUAGAGCAGUUGAGUCGGUUCUCCUCUAUAGGAUAUUGCGACGACUCGACGAUAGUAUAUUUGCAACAUCCUUGCAUAAUAUUGACUGCUUUAGAGGUACUCGGUUACAAAGUCGUCGCAUCAUCCAGUACUAGCAUUAAGCAGGAUUAUAAUGAGUACAUGUGGACUAUGAGAAAAGAAUUCUCAGAACCUGAACCUGAUACUGUUGUAAAAAAAGCUG